UAUAACGCAGUGGAGGACGUCGCCGGCGCAGUCUUGUGGUCGCAGUGAUCCCGCGUCUUGCAGCGCGCCCCCUUCAGCCUUCAAUACGUGAAGAUGCGUCAGCUGGUGUGUGCGAUGUGCGUGGUGGCGUGCGCGGCGGCGGUGGCCCGCGCGCAGUUCUUCGUGCCGGCGCCCGCCUUCGGGGUGCCUCUGCCGCUGGCGGCGGCGCCGGUCGCGGACUCGCGCAGGGCUCUGCAGCACCGCGCCGUCGUGCUCAACGCAGAGGCCGAGGCGCGGCUGCCGCCCGCCUUGCAGAACCCCUUCUACAAGAACCCCCGCAUCGAGGCGGCGCUCGCCAAAGAGAGCUGGUUCACGCCCGAGGAGAUGCAAGUGCGCGAGCGCGAGGCGGAGAAGAUUCCGCGCGCCAAGAUCUUCUCCAUCCUGAAGAACGCUGGGCUCGCCCGCCGCCGGUGAGGGCAGCAACGGGGUCCCCGCCUCCUUCCUGCCGGGUUCUGUGUGUCUCUCCCUCACACCCGUCAUCGACGUCAUCACGGACACACACGUUACCAUUUCUUCCUAAGCAUACGAAGAAACCGAUAAACGUUUCUUUCUCGGUGCACACUUUCACGUACUCGACCGACUGCUGUUGUAGAGAGGGUCAUCGAAUUCGGGUGGAACAAUAUACACUGCACGGUAUACGUCUAAAACAUAAAUCGCGAAUGAUUCUUUCUCCACCAACUUUAUUACGAAAUGAAAUCAGGAACUCUCAAAGUCCUUACUAAGCAAAAGUUUCCUCCGAAGCAGCUCAUUUCGUGUGGACUUACUUGAUACUAUCACUGACAACAUAUACCGGGAUGAUCAAAAAGUCAGUAUAAAUUUGAAAACUGAAUAAAUCACGGAAUAAUGUAGAUAGAGAGGUACAAAUUGACACACAUGCUCGGAAUGACAUGGGGUUUCAUUAGAACCAAAAAAAUAUAAAAGUUCAAAAAAUGUCUAUGGUGCUUCAUCUGAUCAGAAUAGCAAUAAUCAGCAUAAAAAAGUAAGACAAAGCAAAGAUGAUGUUCUUUACAGGAAAUGCUCAAUAUGUCCACCAUCAUUCCUCAACAAUAGCUGUAGUCGAGGAAUAAUGUUGUGAACAGCACUGUAAAGCAUGUCCGGAGUUAUGGUGAGGCAUUGGCGUCGGAUGUUGUCUUUCAGCAUCCCUAGAGAUGUCGGUCGAUCACGAUACACUUGCGACUUCUGGUAAUCCCAAAGCCAAUAAUCGCACGGACUGAGGUCUGGGGACCUGGGAGGCCAAGCAUGACGAAAGUGGCGGCUGAGCACACGAUCGUCACCAAACGAUGCGCGCAAGAGAUCUUUCACGCGUCUAGCAAUACUUUUUUUUUGUUCUAAUAAAACCCCAUGUCAUUCCAAGCAUGUGUGUCAAUUUUUACCUCUCUAUCUACAUUAUUCCGCGGUUUAUUAAGUUUUCAAAUGUAUACUGACUUUUUGAUCACCCGGUACUUUAGUGUAACACUGUGGACAUCCUACUAUGGAGAACUACUCAGCACACGUAAAACUAAGAGUCAGUCUUAAAUUGUUCUUCCCACAAGCAACUUUUAUGCAAAUGACUACCUACUAUACGAAUUUUUAAAUGAGAAGCGUUGUUAACUGAACCACUAGUUAACAUUGCAUGUCCACUUUUCCUCGUUUUACUUCCACGUUACAGGUCCGCCCAGACUUGAUGCUAGUACAACGAGGUAACUCUUACUCAGGAAUUGUGUCCCUCUCUACAUUUCAGUAACUAGCGCGACAUACAAGCAGUUAUUACUCACGAACGAAAUGAAAUGCGAAGUAUAUGAAUGAAUGGACAAAAUGUUUGUGUCUGCUUCAUGUGAUUUCUGAAGAAAGUUGUUAAUUGGUGGCCUUCUGUGUUAAGCUGCCAUUGUUAUUGUUUGUUACAUUUAUGUAUUAUUAUCCUUUAUUGAAACGUAAUUUAUGCUUCACCGCAGCUGACAGCAGUGUGUCUAAAAUGUCGAUGGGCUUCAUUGCAAAUACGCUACUGAAUACAUAAAUGUAUUGAAACUCAAAGCCCAAAAGUCAUAGUCAUCACAUUUCAUGUAGCAAAACGGUCCUGUGCUCAAUGUUUCUAUAAAAAUGCUAUGUUAUGAUAAAAGUACAACGAAAACCUUCCUCCUUCACAAAAACUAAUUCCGUUUAAAUGCAAACUCACUUCAUAAGUCACAUACUGCCGAGACAUUUCUUAAUCAUUCCUGUUAUAUAGUACUAAAGUAACACUCAUCUUUGUAAGAUUUAUUCCUUCCUGAGUUUAGUUAUAGGCCUAGUUAAAUAAAGUACAGGAGUCUGAUACUCGAGUGAAUAUCAUGUACAUAAACAAAGUUUUAUAAUAAACAAAUAUACCAAUA